CGCAUAUUCGUCUCGUCUGUUUGCUAUCCCAUCCCCCUCGCCGCGCGUCCCCUGGCGUGCGCCGCCGCCUCUAUCGGAAUGGCGCUUCGCUCGCCGGAGCUGCGCUUCGCCGCCACCACCGGUCUCGGCGCGCUCUCCCGGCCCAGCCGCCUCGCUCCUUCCCCCCUCGCCGCGCUCGCUUCCCCUCGCCGACGCCGCCGCGGCCCGUCUCCUUCCCCUUCCCCCUCGCCCUCCGACUCCAACCCCUCGACCGCCUCCGCCGGCGACGCGGACGGGCCGGAAUGGAAGCAGGUCAGCGCGAAGCGGUUCGGGUACAAGGAGUCCAUGAUUCCCGACGAGGCAUGGAACGUCCUCCACCGUCUCCGUAGCAGAGGAUAUGAUGUGUACUUGGUUGGUGGUUGUGUUCGAGAUCUCAUAAUGAAGAAAAUCCCAAAAGAUUUUGAUAUAAUAACAACAGCUGAUCUUAGGCAGGUGAAAGACACCUUUCUAGGAGCAGCUGUUAUAGUAGGAAGGCGGUUUCCCAUAGUUCAUGUACAUGACAAUAAUUCCAUUGUUGAGGUGUCAAGUUUUAAUACUUAUGUUCGAGGGUCUAGUGGCAAUCAAAUGCCUGCUUCAAAGAGCCCACAUUGUAGCAAGAACGAUUAUUUACGCUGGAAGAACUGCCAAGGGAGGGACUUCACUAUAAAUGGAUUAAUGUUCAAUCCGUAUUCAGAAAAGAUCUACGACUACUUGGGAGGCAUUGAAGAUAUUAAGAAAGCUAAGGUUCGUACUGUUAUUCCUGCUGCCACUUCGUUCCAUGAGGAUUGUGCUCGUAUUCUACGUGCAAUCAGAAUUGCAGCUCGAUUAGGAUUCAGCUUUCCCAAAGAAACAGCUUAUUAUGUGAGAAAUCUUGCCUGUUCUGUGGCAAGACUUGACAAGGGAAGAUUACUCAUGGAGGUUAACUAUAUGCUUGCUUAUGGUUCAGCUGAAGCUUCUUUAAGGUUGCUUUGGAGAUUUGGUCUUCUUGAACAUUUAUUGCCCUUUCAGGCUGCAUAUUUUUCUUCAACCCUUUUUAAGAGGAAGGAUAAUGGGACUAACAUGUUGCUGGUCCUAUUUUCUAAGCUGGAUAGUUUUCUUGCACCUAACAGGCCAUGCCAUAAUAGUUUAUGGAUAAGUAUUUUAGCGUUCCAUGAGGCAUUGGUACGCAAACCACGGGAUCCUUUGGUGGUGGCUACUUUUGCACUCGCUGUAUACCUUGGAGGUGAUCUGCCACUGGCAGUGGAUAUUGGACAAUCAAUCAACCGUCAACAUGAUGCUGGGUUUUCAGAGCUCUUGGAACCACGGGUGCGGGGCAAAAAAGGGUUAUUAGCUGAGGUAAAAGACCUUGCUAUCUCAAUGAGGCAGGCACUAACUGAAAUGACUGACGAGUAUUAUGUUGCAAAUGCUAUGGCGAAAAUCCCUCAAGCACCGUCCUCAGAUCUUGUAUUUAUCCCACUACAAGCAUACUUGAAGGUUCUCAAAUUAGUUGAGCGUGUUCAACAUGGGAAAAAGGAGAUUGGUUAUGAACCAAAAAGUGAUGGAAAUAUCGAUUAUUACAAUUUAGCAAAUGGUACACCUGCCGAAGUAAGAAACCUCUUCACGCUUGUUGUCUUUGACACGAUAUACCCCCCGAACCUGGAGAAAGAAGAUGAUAGCUCUAGAAGUUGAACGAUCAAUCCAGGGGUCCCUGAAGAGAAUCGUGCCACCUACAGCUUACGCUCCGAUGGCCUGUUACAGAAGUUUGCGGAGCUUUCCAAGCUUGAGCUGCUGUGUUGAAUCAAGGGAGAGCAGCAGAUGUUAUUUGCUUGGUCGGAUGGGGAUAAACUCAGUUUCCAUGACCAUGAUGUGUUGUUAAUCAUCGUGGCCUAUGGUGUACACUUAUGUUGGACAUGGCAACUGCUCGGGCUUUCUGGGUGCAACUGUUUCUUCCCAGAUUAUUCCGAGGCAAUGUUAAUUUCUGAUCUGUUGGAAAUGCUAUUAAGCUGUGGAUCUAAUUUCAAAUGGCCUUCUACAGUUCUACUUCGCUGUAUUCUAAAACGCCCAGACUGCAUGGAAUACUUGCAAAAAAAUAAUGCUAGUGCAAUAAAAGUUUCUAUUUCUAUGA